AUAACUCUGCUCAGUUGCAGCUCCUUUACUCUAAAUGACUUCUCAUGUAUUUGUGCUCGUAAGUGGGUGUUAUUGUGCAAUUGGGGCAGAAAGGAGAGUUUUUUUUCUUCUUCUUUUUUGGCCGGCAUGCCUUGUUCGCUAUAGGCAGUGACGUCCAUUUCCUCCUCGCUCUCCUGCGUGCCUGCUGCGCUCAGAGUUGACCGAAGUUUCUGGCGGCGCUGCCAUGGACCGCAACCCUCCCGGUUCCUGCGAGAAAAUAACAGCGUGAACCCGGACAGGAGCGUCUGGACUCCUGGGCGACGGUUAGCGGGACGAGCGGGGCGCCUUUUCCGCCGCUGAAAAGCGAAACAAGUGGAGACCUAGGGGAGGGAAACCACUUUCGAGGAGCGGAGCUGCCUGACAGCUACGCGCUGGAGCCUGUUAAGGUUUUGUCAUUGCAGACUUGAAGAUGUCUAACAUGGAGCUGGUCACCUGGUCCAGUCGACACAACCAGUCGGAGGUUUUCACAUCAGUCUUUAACGCCAGCUGUCGCUUCAAUGAGGAGUUUAAAUACAUCCUGCUUCCUGUGUCCUACAGCCUGGUGUUUGUUGUUGGCUUCAUUUUCAACGCCCUGGCGUUAUGGAUGUUCAUGAAGAUGCGCCCGUGGAACCCGAGCACCGUGUACAUGUUCCACCUUGCCCUGUCCGACUUCUUGUACGUGAUCUCGCUCCCCACUCUCAUCUACUACUACGCCAACCGCAGUCACUGGCCUUUCGGCUUGGCGGCUUGCAAGAUCGUCCGCUUCCUCUUUUACGCCAACCUCUACUGCAGCAUCCUUUUCCUCACCUGCAUUAGUGUGCAUCGGUAUCUUGGCAUCUGUCACCCCAUCAAGGUUCUGACCAUGGUGAAGUCCCGUCAUGCCCACCUGGUGUGCGCUUCGGUGUGGUGCGUCGUCACGGUGUGCCUGGUGCCCAACCUCAUCUUCGUCACCACCUCCAGGAGGGACAAUGACACGCUGUGCCAUGACACAACCAACCAGGAGGCCUUCGCGGAGUACGUUGACUACAGUUCUGUAGUCAUGGUGCUUCUGUUCGGCAUCCCCUUCAUAGUCAUUUUGGUGUGUUACUGUCUGAUGGCUCGGACCUUGUGUCAGCCCAGACAGGGAUUAUCAUCCAACCAGCAGGCCACCGGGUCACGACGGAAGUCCGUCAAACUGAUCAUCGUGGUGUUGGUGGUGUUCGCGGUGAGCUUCGUCCCAUUUCACAUCACGCGGACGCUCUACUACACCGCCCGCGUGCUGAAUCUCAACUGCGAGUCCCUCAACAUCGUAAACUUCGCCUACAAAAUCACGAGGCCGCUGGCAAGCGUCAACAGCUGCAUCGAUCCCAUCCUGUACUUCCUGGCCGGAGAUCACUACCGCUCCAAGCUGAUGUACGUCCUGUCAAGAGGAAGAAGCAAGAAAUAUAAACACAGUCAAAUGAACAGCAGUUUAGGUCUAGUCUGUAAGAAAUCAGCUCAAAAUGCCAGUGGAGAGGCUGAGAGAUAGUCACGAAUCCAAAUUAUUUACUAUAAAUAAUGCAUUCCUGCUUGUGGCCUAACACUUCUCCUGAGAGAAUUGAUUAUUAUUUUGUCAUAUAUUUUACUUUUAGUAAGUACUUGGUUAAUUAACAGAUUUACAUAAAAAUGUUUUUCAGCAGGUUGCAAAGACUUUUUCCGUUCUCACUUGAUGUGAUACGACGUUGCACAACAUGGAGUUCAAGGUUAUUUUUUUUCAUAAUCAAAGAUAUGGUUUCUUUUUGUAUUUGAUGUGCUACCAAAGCGGUAUUCAGAGAUGGGGAUACAGACCUGAGCCACAUUUAAGUCAAAAAAAGGAAAAAAAAAAAAGACUUCAGACUUGAUUGAAACACGUGCUCCAAAGACCUGAUACUGGGCUUGAACUCACGAUCUGGUGCUCAGUUCCUGUUCAGAUGUUUCUCUCGUGUAAUCAGUGGUUAGACCCUGCAAAUGUAGAUCAUUGGAGUAAGUGAAUAAUGUUGUGCCUUUGAGUGCAUUGGUGUACACACAUGACUAGUUGUCAUGGCAAUGCUACACACAGUGCACUCCAGCCAGCAAAACGAGUUAAUGGCAGCUUAUACAUUCAUCUGUUUUUGUUUAAUGGGCUGAUUAUAAAGUAAGAAUAAGAAAGGCCGAUAAUAAAGAAAAUACUCGAUAUAAUGCGCAAUGUGCAGUUAAACUCAGAAUUAUUCAUACUGACUGCAGAUAAAGAUUUAAAGAAAUAUUUUGUUUUAACCUGUUUCUUCUGACCGGAAGUAAAUUUUUGCUAAACUAAAGAUUAGGGUGAUGGAAAGGAGCUCAUCACCAAAGAUAAACAGUCAAAGCGCCAGGAAACAUGCACUGAUGCUGGUCAGAAAUAACAAGAACAAGAAUAAUAACCCCUACAAGAAAUCCCCACAGAUUUUUACAUUCAUUUUUGGGAAGCGAAACAAAUUGUUUUUGACUUUGCAUGUUUUACUAAAAUAUACGUGAAUCCAGAUACUUAUUUUUCUCCAAAAGUGGUACUCCUUGAUACUAUUACAUUGUUUUACUAUCUUUUGAGCGACGCAUGUCUCAUUUCCCAUCCAAGUUGAACUUCUUGGUUGAUUUAAAAUAUUUUUAAAUGUAAAUCUACCAGCGGUACAAAAAUUUUUGGGCUUAACUGUAUUAAAAAAAUGGGUAAUUAGAGGACGAGGAUUAACCGAUAAAUCAUGACAAAUCUUUCAGUGUAAUUUGUUUUGAAAUUAGACAUUAUGCAAUGUUAACCGUAUGUUAAUUUUCUUUGGAUAUAAAGUCACAUUUAUAUUUUGAGGGAAAAAUAAUAAUACACUAUAUUUAUUUUCAAAUCCAUUCACAGCAGUAGUAUUAAUUGUCUAGAUAGAAAACUUUGUUAUCAGAGUGUUACCAGGCUUCUACAGAGCUGAACGGCAUCUGGAGUUCAGCCAUCUGAUUCAGGUGUGUUGGAGAAGGGACGCAUCGAAAAGUUGAAGGACUGUCUCCUCUCGAGGACUGGAGUUGGACACCCCAGAACUAGAUGAAACUUUACAAAAACAAAUGUACAAACAUAUAAAAUAUUUGGGUAUACAAUGAAAUGUAAUCCCAUGGUGUAGAAGUUAAAGAUAGUAUAGUUAGCAUCCAGCAUUACCUCUCACUGUUGAAUAUAAGGAUUAUAUUUUGUUCUUCAUUUUUCAGUUUUUAACUUUUAUUUAUUUUUCUAUCUUUUUUUCAGGAGAAAAAAAAUGCAAUCCUCACAUUAUAGUUGACUAAAACCAUAAAUAAAAUGUGCUGUCAAUAUUUAUGCUGCAAAGUAGUUAGUUUUUAAAAGUGUUGAAUUGAAUGUUUUGAAAAGAUAAAACUGUUAAAUGUUUUGUGUUUCAAGUUUUGCAAAAGGAUAAAUAUUUCAAUUCAUAACCCAUGACAAUUUUGUGACAUGCAUCCAAGUGAGAAGGUUAAUCUCUGUCAUUAGAUACUGAAUGUACACUUGGGACUUAAAGACUUGGAGUUUGAUUUAAAAAAAAAAAAAAUUGAAACAUACAGUAUCUGAUUGUAUAACUUCACAGUACUAUCUGUGUGAAUAAACAGUAUUUACAAAAA